GCUGCACCACCGCCAGUCCUCAAUAAUCUCACCCUCGCAUUGGAGGUUUUCAUGUCACACUAGUUUCUCUGGCGGUGGUUCAGCGGUAACCAUUGAGGUACGAGAUAAGGUAAGGCACUCUUUUUUUAUGUAUGUGUGUGUGGCAUCGUGCAUACAGUCUCUCCGCCACGGCCUGCGCGGGGAGGUUCUGUGCAUGACACGUGUGGUGGAGUGAGGAGCCGGAGCGCCGCGGUUGGCCAGGCCGGAGCAACGCCAAGCCCGACAGGACAGCGGAAGGGAAGAAACCGUGAAAAGAAGUGACUUAUAGAAGGAGUUAAUGUGAUCUAAACACAAGAAUUAAAGUGGAUAUCUCUGAAACGAGUCUGUAGAAGUUAUUCACAUAAUUUAAAUGGAUAAACUACAGCUAAACUUUUGGAAACGCUUUUAUAUAAACAGUUAAUUUAAUAUUAACAAUCGCUGGUGAAAAUAUUGAUAUAAACAAUUCAUACUGCCUCAACAAACUACAUGAACAAAUUCUGAGACAAAAAAUGUAAUCUAACUAAUGAGCAGAUACACCAAAUAAUUUAAAUGAUCAAUACGGAAGUAAUAGAACGAUCUGUCUCGCUACAAGUAACAUCUCCAUCACGCCCGCUAACUGAGCAGCCCGCCCUCCCUCCCCACGCCCCGAGAGAUGAAGAAAACACAGCAAUACCACUACAUUUAUUCGUAAACAAACAACAGACAUUAGAAUCAUUAAAAUCCUGUAUCACCAACGCAUUUUUUUUAAACGUUCACUGCGCUGACAGUUUUCACGAGCAGAUUAAGGAGGCACUCACUCAUUAGAUAAAGUUCACAGCCUACUGAAAUAACCAAGAGAACACCUGUAUUUCUCCCAUCACCAAGCGAUCUCAGAAUACGACCACUCACAAUAUCACUUGGUUGUAUCUUAUAAUAUCGUGAACGUUCCUUGGUAUUUUGAUAUCUUGUCUACUCAAUCCCAAGUAGUGCCGCGCCCCCACCACCUCCUUGCCACUGGCCUCCUCCACUGGCCAAAAUGGAGAUUGUGCCGCGACUGGUUCUCUUAAGCAAGUGGGAUUUGGGAAACUGCCACCUCGCCUCUUAUCCACAUCUCAAUUCUAAUGAUCUGAAGGCGACGCGAUAAUGAAUGCAGUUCUUGAAUGGGUUUUCUGAACAGCCUUGACUCACGACCUUCCUGGCAGGAGUUACGAAGUUGCAAUGAAGAGGCAUGUCGUAUCUUUCUUCUGCCAGGUGGUGUCACGCCCCCACAGUCUGGCAAUGAGCGCCAUCAAAACCCUCCCAUCUCAAGACCUGACUCGAAAAUUGGAAUUAGUUAUUCCUGUGGGUAUUUGCCCACUCAGAGGACAGCGAGGGGUCCUUCACACUGUCCCUGUUGCCUUCAGAGGACGAAAAAUAACAUUCUUCCUGCAAUAUGGUACCAGCAAGACGCCCCGUGAUUGGCUGGCCUCUGGCGCCGCCUCCUCCUCUCGGGCGCUGAGUCACGGCCGCCCGCGGGUGUUUGACCAACGGUGCUUAAGACAGCCGAGGGAAACUCCCGAGUCGGAGCGCCCUUACCGCCCCUGAGGAGAAGAGCGACUGGACCUGAGGGAGAGAAGCCUUUCUACCCUGCAAAGCCAACACUGCUCCGUGCUCGUGUUUGACCAGCAGGGAGGGAGAAGGGCGAGGGGAGGAGGGCGAGGAGUCAGGCGUAUUUCUCUCUCCUCCCCUUCCUCCCUGACCACACCUCAAUGUUGACCAAGCGAAGUUGAUUUUUUUUUUUUUUUCAACUCAGCGAUUUCUUCCAAUGUAGCGCAGUAGGUCUUCCCUCUCGACGCCCCCUCGCGCCGACGACGUCACGACCUCUCCUUCGUAUAUAAAGGAGACUUCGCUCAUUGAAGGCACAGCAUCGCCCCUCCAGACACUCAGCAGGCCACGCGGCACCCAGUGAUUGAAUCAGUGCACGCGGAGCUUACCACACACUCGCUAAUCUCAUUACCACUUUGAUCUCACCGACCAUGAGCCGAUUAGCCCUGGGAUGCCUGCUGGUGGCGUGCCUCGCUGUGGCCGCGGCGGAGCAAGAACAUAACUCGAUCCAGAAUAUUGAGGAAGAGGACGGCGCCCUUUACGACGACGAGGGGCGCCUCCUGGUCGUCACAUUUGACUCGGGCACCUCCCCCACCAGCCUCAACUUUACCAACCUCCUGCCUCAGCUUUUCUCGAGCAUCGGUCCCUUCCUGGCGGGCGCGGGCCUGACGGCUCUCGGGUUCGGUAUCCCGUCCGCUAUCCUGUGGGGCAAAGGCUGCUACGGGUAUGGCUAUGGCUCUGGCUCCGGCAGCGGCUACGGCUCAGGCUCAGGCUACGGCAAUAGUGGCGGCUACUCGUCCUACUCUUCGUACAGGCGGUCCUUCGAUCCCUACGCCAUCGACUGGGAAAAGUUCUCCAUCAUCGACUGGAUCGCCAUCGGGGAGGAGGCCUGGAGGAAGUUUGACCCCGCUGACCUCGAGUGCCAGAAGCGCCUCAUCUGCGAGAUCCACCAGAACACCUCCCGCUUCGGAGCUCCCGCCGCCAGACUCGUCGACGUGUUCAGCUACCUGCAAUACGCCGAGGUUCUGUCCCUUCCUGACGAGAUAAAGGCGCUGGUGGAGGAGUAUAACGACGCGGCAGAUCGGGGUCGUAACUUACAGAAAGACUGCGGGGACGUCUAUACAACUUGCGACUUCUCGGUGAAGAAAAUAAUGGAGAAAUACUCACAUAAUGAAAUCUAGGACUACUAGCGAGGGUCCGGCGCCUAAGGACUCACCGAGGACGCCUUAUAUAUACACGAGGGCGCGAUUUGACCCUCUCAGUAUCGAUCAGACCUUGGUAGGGGUAGGAUGCUGCUCUGCUUCCUUCCUCCCCUUGACCUACAGCUCGUCAUGAUUCCGUUUAGUACUUUUUUCUCUUGUUAAUUGUUGAUUCAUUUGUAUUUAAAAAAAAGAAGUUUGUUGUUAAUUUGUAUUUAAGGUAAUUUAUUGACUGUGAUUACGUCUGAGACUGCCAGACUGCACCACCGCCAUAGACGCAAGACCAGCUACUCAACUCCUGACGCAGAGACCAGUUCCUCCUCCUCCUCUUCCUCCUCCUCUUCCUGCUCCUCCUCCCGCAGAGCCAUGGACGCAGCGAUGCCCAGACGCUCCUGUUUGUAAAUAUGACGUGAACCUCUUUACAUAAACGUGCUCAUUUGACUCAUUGACUUUAACUGACAUGCUGACGACCUCAAUGUGUUUUCUGACUAACUGACUGACUAAUUACUGACUGCUCUGAUUGACUGAUUGACUGGUUAACUGACUGACCGACGAUUUUUAUGACUGGUGACGUUGUGAAUGACUUACUGCUUCACUCAUAACUCACUGCAUCAUUUCUAGACAUUCUCUCCUCACUGACAAUGAAGGAAUAGAGAAACGCUUAAAAAGACAAACUAACACCGACUUUACUGAAUGACAACUUGACUUACACUGACCUAAACUGACUAAACCAAAGGACUUAAUACACCAAGACUCCACGACUUCAUUAACGACAUUACCUGGACGCACCUGAGAGACAGAGAGAGAGAGAGAGAGACAGAAAUAAUGGUGUGGCAGGUAAACAUGACAAAAUGGUAACUUUAAACGUGACUGUAAGAUAAUGAAGUGAGAAUGCAAUAUUGUACAGACUGUGAAUAAUGUACAGACGUUUGUUAUUUAUUCAUCUUUUUUGUUUAGACAGAAAUACUUCCUUUUAAGGGGAAAAUUUUCAGGGAACAGACAAGACAUUCGACCGAAGGACAUCUGUUGUUACGUAGUUAUUUAUAAAUAUAUAUAGGACUCAUUUAGGACUCCAUCCCUCCCAUCCUACACUCCUCCAUCCUACCUCAGUCUUCAUCCUUCAUCCAUUCAUUGUUGCAAAUUAUUUAUUUCACGUACUUGACUGUGUUUCGUUUGCUUCAUUGAUAUCUGCAAAUUCCCACGUUGUUGUUGUUGUUGUUGUUGUUGUUGUUCCUUUGGCUUUUUUUGUUUUGUUGAGUAAAUGUUGUUCUUGUUUACUAUGAUACUGCAUUUGUGUAUUAUGGUUCCUGUACAUAUUUCAGGCUUUUUUUUUCGAUUAGUUAACGAUGAUUAUUUUAUCUCUCAGUUUGUUGUGGGCUCUGGAGUUUAAAUUAUGUAAUAAAUUAUUUACAGUU